AUGAGAACUUUCGCCAAUAAGUCUGCCUCUGGUAAUAAUACUACCAAUUCAAACAACAACAGCAAUCCUACCACAACAACAACAACCACUAAAAACUCCUAUACUAACCCUCUCAAUACAAAUCCCAUCACUGGUUCUAACAACUCUCAAAAUAUAAAUACUUUCUCUAAAAAUGUCUCAAAUAACAAUAACAACACAAAUACUAUAAACAGCAACACAAACUAUAGAAGACAAAAUUACCACCACCACCACCACCACUCCUCAUCGAGAAAUAACAGCCUAACAACCAACAACCCAAACAAUACAAACAACUCUAUCUCAAACCCUAACUCAAUUCAAAACUCCCUUAAUCGUCGUAAUAACCAAUUUAACAAUAACAGCAAUUAUCAAAAUAUACAAAAUCCAAAUCAAAACUCUAAUUCAACAAACACAAACUACUCUUCAUCCAAUCCCACCAUCACUACUACCACAUCCUCCUCCUCCUUCUUCUUGCCUAACAACACCUUUCCUUAUUUCAACAACAACGACUUCAACAUAAAUGAUCUCAACGACCACGACCUCCAACACAUGAACGACCGCACAAACUACCUCUACUUUAAAAGUCAAAACUGCUUAUCCAUCGCAACUGUAUCCUCUGGCGCAAGAUAUAAAGGCACCCUAGCCGUAAUCAACCCAUCUUCUUUACCUCUAGACAUUGUCCUCAAAAAACCUGUCCAAAUCGAUCCAAUUAUCAACUCCUCCACUUCCUCCUCUUCCCUUAACGACUCCUUCAUUAAUGACUUGCCCGAAAUCCUAAUCAUUCAAUCAAAGGAUUUAAUGGACUUGCAGAUUUUAAAUGUAAAUUUAUCAAAUUCGAAUGAUGUUAUCACUGAUAAUAAAUUGAAAUUAGAUCAAAAUGAUGUUAAACAAAAAUUAAUUCCAAAAGAGCUUAAAGAUACUAAAGAGAUUAAAGACACUAAAGACACUAAAGAUACUAAAGAUACUAAAGAUAUUAAAGAUAUUAAAGAUAUUAAAGAUAUUAAAGAUAUUAAAGAAAUUAAAGAAAUUAAAGAAAUUAAAGAAAUUAAAGAGAUUAAAGACACUAAAGACAAUAAAGACACUAAAGAGCUUAAAGACAAUAAACAAAUCACAUUACCUGAAACAUCUCUCGAUAAAUCGGAAAAAAAAACAGAAAUCAAAAAACAACCCUCUUCAUCAACUAAUACCUCUUCUUCCUACAAAAAACAUUCCUCCUUAAUCUCCUCCCUACCUUCCUCUAUCCCCCAAAGACCAAUUCUUUCUAACAACUUUUCCAACAAAUUUACCCCAAAUUACGAAAAAUCAAAAUCAAUGUUCAAAACUGAUCUAGACAUUUCAAAGAACAUCAAAUACAAAGAACGCGAACUCCAGCAAUGGGUUCCCGACAACAGCAACGUCAACCUAGACCUAGAACUAGAAUCUGAAUCCUCCGGAAUUAUUCCCUCUUCUCAAAAAUGGAACCAGUUCCUCACAAAUGAAAUCAAGUUCGGUAUACGUCCAAGCUAUAAUGAAAACUUUUACACAACCGCAAUCUCAACCGAUGCUCCUGACUUCAAACAAAGAUACGAAUUUGCUCAGAAAAUAGAAAAAGAAAUCAAAAGCCAAUCUCACAAUAACAACCCCAUCAUUGCUGAAGAUAGAGGCAUCAUCUUAGACAACAUUGACUUGGAUGAGGAAGACAAGUACUCCGGUGUUGAUAGAAGAGGUGAUGAAUUAAUGGCAACUUUGAAAAUGGGUCACUCUCUUGGUAAUACAAACAGUUUACCGUCAAAUCUAAUCAAAAAAGACUCAUCUAAAUACAUCCCUCCAAAACAAAGAAAUGAAAUUCACAAUCUAGAUCCCGCCAUUAUUUCUUCAAUGAAAGCUAAUUCCAUCAAUAGAAAUAACACUAAUGUUAAUAAUAAUAACAACUCAAAAGAAAAUGCCCAGUUUAAUACUUUAAUAUCAAAAUUAUCUCUUGCUCCAGAAAACAAAAAUAUAACCCCAGAAAUCACAGAAAUCGCAGAAAUCACAGAAACUGCAGAACCUCCAAAAAUAAACGAUUCUGAAAUUGUUAAUCAACUCAAAAAUGAAACAAAAGAUGAAAAAGAUAUAAAAAUCGAAUCUUUGAAAGAAAAAAACAUUGAAAAUUUUCUAUCAACAUCUACAGUGUCUAAAGAUACUCAAUUGGUGGAAGAAAAACUAGAAAUCAUUAAAAAUCCAACUGCAACAAACUCUGUUGUUUCUCUUUCUCAAGAAAACAUUGAUGCUGUUAAAAUUUCCAGUUCUUCCUCUCCUUCAUUAAUAGAGACCGGUAAAAAUAAGAAAAACGAAAAACCAAUUAAUAAUGAUAAAUCUGUUAAACCGUUUUUGAAAGAUUUGCCAAAGAGUUUACCAAAAUCAAUUCCAUCCAAACCUGAAAUUAAACAUAAUGAACACAUUACUCAGAUAAAGGCUGCAGUCUCAAGUGGACACAAUUCAUUAAACUAUUUCAGAAAUUCUUCUCAUAGAAAUUACUCUAAUAUUCAUGGACAUACUUUUAGAAAUUUUUCGAAUGAAUCACUGAGAAUCAAUGCACAAUCCGAAAUUAAUUCAUUGAAAGAAUUUGCUGCCACAUUUAAAGUUCCACAAAAAUUUCCAACAGAUUUAUUGCCUAUAUUAUCCAAGGACAAAAAUAAACAAGAAGAGAUUAUUAAAAAACAAAUAUCGGUUGGAAAAUUAUCCAGUUUUGCAAAGCCAAUAACAAGUGAUACUACGUCUGCAAGUAUUUCAAGUGCUACAAGUGUUACUAACACUAAUAGUAGUAGUUCCAAUACUGCUUCUAAUACUGCUUCUAAUACUACUGUCAAUGUUGUUACUAAUAACAAUAGUAAUCAAAAUUCGAAUGUAAAUCAUAACACAUCAUCUAAUACGAUAAUCAAACCUGAUGUAAAAUUGCCUGCCAAACCAAAGACAUUGGGAACUACCAAUAAUAAUAGUAAUAAUAGUAAUAAUAGUAAUAAUAGUAAUAAUAGUAAUAAUGGUAAUAAUAGUAUUGUUUCUAAUAACUCUAACAAUGCUACUUCUAAUACUAGUAAUACAAAUGCUAAUAAUGUUAAUGUUAGUAAUUCUGAUAAUGCCAUUAAUGCCAUUAAUGUUAAUAAUAAUGCUAAUGCUAAUGUUAAUGUUAAUGCAGAUUUAAACCGACCAAUUAAACUUAAUCCAGCAGCAGCAUCAUUUACACCAUCUACACCUCAUUCAUCACCAAUGAACAAUUUUAAUAUGAUUUCACCUAAUCAACCACAUCAAAAUCUUUCAUCGCCAAAUAACCGCGGAAUGCAUUAUAGUAAAAGAAAUAUGAAUAUGAAUGCGCAUUUUUUCGGAAACAAAAAUAUAAAGUAUGAUCCAAAUCGAUCAAAAAAUCUCAAUGAAGAUUUCAAUUUGUUUAUUGAUGCGAAAAAGAAUCAUGGAGACGAUUCUGGUCCAGUAAUAGUUGAAAGGGCUUAUGCUACUAAUCCCACAUGGGCGGAGACGUUGGAAAAAUCGCAUAUAUCAUUAUUUCCACCAAAGGAAUCAGUGAUUGCGCAGCAUAAAAACCGAUAUAUUUCCAAUUACAACAAUGGAAAUAAUCAUCAUCAUAAUCGUCAUGCUGAUAGUAUACCAAAUAUGAAUUCUAAUAUGUCGCCAAUAAUUACACCACAAAUGGUGCCAAUAAUAAGAGGAGGUCCACCAUACGAUGGAGGCAUGGGUGCACAGUAUGGACCUAUACCAAUCAACUCGUUUGUGUCGCCAGGAUACUCAGGAUACGAAAGUUUUCCAGUUGGGGCAGUGCCGGUUUACAAUAACAUGAGAGGUGGAAUGCCACCAUAUGGGUUUAUGUCUACAAUGCCCAAUAUGAUGCCAAUGGUGACAGAUGGAGCCUUUAUGCGUUAUAUGCCACAGAAUGGAUAUAUGCCAGGCCCUGGUUAUAAUUAUGGGGGCAAUAUGAGAGGAAAUGGGCCAGGAUCCAACAUGUCUCCUCAAUCAGGAUACUCAAAAUACAAUUAA